CGUUCCAUUCCGUCUUGUCUCGUCUGCCAACGCACCGUGGCGUGGCGUAGGCGUAGGCGUAGGCGUGGUCGAGCCUCUUGAGAAGCGAGCCGUGCCCGUCUCUCCCAAUCCACUCCGUACUCGGCGCUCCUCCCCAGCCGCCGCCGCCGCCGCCGGAAUCCGGAAGAGCAAGUGGUAGCGAGCACACGCCGACACUCGCCAUCCCCUCUCGGCCCCGUCGCCCGCAGCUGCCCUGGCAUAAAAUCGCCGAACUCUGCUUCCUCUUCUCGGUCUCGCUCUCGCAGCUCUCUGGGGUGCGCUCGUCGCCGGCGGCAGCAGUGAGGCAUCUUCGCCUCCGGCUACCUUAUUAGGAUCAACCCAUCGAUCGAUCAUGGCGUCGUCGAGCGCGGCUGCUGCUACCAGUGAUGACAGCCAGGGCCUCAAGGCUCGAGAUGUCUGCAUCGUCGGCGUCGCCCGCACGCCCAUCGGCGCCCUCCUUGGCUCGCUCUCGUCCCUCCCGGCCACCAAGCUCGGCUCCAUCGCCAUCCAGGGUGCUCUUAAGAGGGCGAAGGUGGACCCGGCGCUCGUGCAGGAGGUGUUCAUGGGCAACGUCCUCAGCGCUAAUCUCGGCCAGGCCCCGGCAAGGCAGGCGGCCCUUGGCGCCGGCUUGCCCAACUCCGUCCCCUGCACCACCGUCAACAAAGUUUGCUCCUCAGGAAUGAAGGCUGUCAUGUUUGCGGCGCAAAGUAUUCAGCUGGGGAUCAAUGAUGUCGUGGUCGCCGGCGGCAUGGAGAGCAUGUCGAAUGCACCCAAAUAUGUGGCUGAAGCAAGACGAGGGUCACGGUUCGGACAUGAUGUCCUGGUUGACGGCAUGCUCAAGGAUGGCCUGUGGGAUGUCUAUAAUGAUUUCCCAAUGGGAAUGUGUGCUGAAUUGUGUUCAGACCAGCACUCCAUCUCAAGAGAGGAGCAGGAUUCUUAUGCUAUCCUCAGCAAUGAACGUGGACUAGCAGCUCGGGACAGCGGUGCAUUUUCUUGGGAGAUUAUUCCUGUUGAAGUUUCUUCUGGUAGAGGGAAACCACCAGUAGUUGUGGACAAGGAUGAGAGUCUUGCAAAGUUUGAUCCAGUAAAGCUGAAGAAACUUGGGCCAACUUUUAAGACGAAUGGUUCUGUGACGGCUGGUAAUUCUUCUAGUAUAAGUGAUGGCGCUGCUGCAAUUGUCCUUGUCAGUGGAGAGAAAGCUAAGAAACUUGGCCUGCAAGUUAUUGCAAGGAUUAGAGGGUAUGCUGAUGCUGCACAGGCUCCAGAGCUGUUUACAACAGCUCCAGCUCUUGCUAUUCCAAAGGCUAUAUCAAAUGCAGCUCUUCAAACUUCACAGAUUGAUUAUUAUGAAAUAAAUGAGGCUUUCUCUGUUGUUGCUGUAGCUAAUCAGAGGCUUCUUGGUAUCCCUUCUGGAAAGCUAAACUUAAGUGGUGGUGCUGUUUCUCUGGGCCAUCCUAUCGGCUGCAGUGGUGCACGGAUUAUAGUCACUCUGCUUGGGAUUCUUAGGCAGAAAAAUGGAAAAUUUGGUGUUGCUGGAGUUUGCAAUGGUGGCGGCGGCGCUUCAGCCCUCGUUUUGGAGCUCAUGCAAUCCUCUUCGCAUAUUCAUUCAUCAUUGUGAAGUUGGUGCAAGCAAAUUAGCAAGACAUAAAUUGUAAAAUGUGUUGUAUCUUUUGUCAUUUGUAGGGGGGAUUAGUUCGUGUUGUGUGAUUAGACGAAAAACUGUAAAAUAAGGUUGUGCUGCUCAGCACAGGGCAUUAUCCUGUACCUUACAUGGGAAACAUCGACGUAUAUAUAGAAAUAGAAAUAACAGAGGCCCAGAAGAAUAAUGCACAGACAUUGAUAGUCACUAUAUCACUGAGGUAGUGAAAAAUCGUCAUGGACAUGAUUUUGCUUUACCAUCUUAUGUGAACUGAGUACAGUUGUAAGAAACGAGAUCUUUUUAAACCUUUAUAAGAGAAAGAUUACCCCGUAGAGCA